AUGUCUUGGACCGCUGAUGAAAAGGUGGUUCUAGUGACAGGAGGUGCGGCUGGCAUCGGAGCCGGUCUAGUUCGUGAGUUUUUAGCGAAGAAUGCAAGGCACGUCGCGUUUCUUGAUGUGUCUGAGAAGGAAGGAGCCACUUUGGAGAGGGAACUCCGGAACAAGUUCGGAGCUCUCAGAGCGAAGUUUAUAAAAUGUGACGUAACUGACGAAAUACAGCUCGGCGACGCGUUCAGGCAAGUUUUGGACAAGCACCGCAAACUCGAUGUCGUCGUAAAUAGCGCAGCCGUCGUCGGUGACAACAGUUUGUGCAAAACAAUGAUAGAUGUCAAUUUCUGUGGAACCGUAACGAGUACAUUAAAAGCUUUAAGCAUAAUGAGGGCGGAUGCUGGAGGCUGCGGCGGAGCUAUAAUAAACGUAUCAUCCUUACAGGCUUUUAAAUCAUCCACAUGUCUCUCGGUAUACUCCGCUACCAAAGGCGCUGUUUUACAGUUUAGUAAUUUUUUAGCGGACGAGGAAUCUUACAGUACAACGAAAGUACGCAUAAUAACAGUCUGCCUCGGACCCACGGAUACGGCCCUACUUCACAAGCGCAACUUGAACAACUCCGCAAAGGAUGGCCACGGAGUUUCUUCGCGAGCCUCCGAGCCUCAAAGAGUGGAAUCAGCAGUAAAUGGUAUUAUUGAAGUAAUUCAGCAAGCAGAAAGCGGCUCAACGUGGAUAAUCGCCAACAAUAAUAUCGCUCGUGAUGUAACGAUGAACGUGAGGGAAAGCUUCAGAAUUCUAUCCGAUAUUACCGACGUUUAG